AGUCCGGGCGCGCUUGGUGGCGGUGACGCGCUCGCUUGCUUGCUCGCUCGCUCGCGGCGACGGUUCGUGCUGAGGCCGCUCGCGUGGCGUCGCUUGUCGCCGGCUGGUCAGUGAGGCGGCGGGACGGAGCUGAGGGGAGCGGGCGGGCGGGGGCCCGGCACCACCAACACCACCAUGAAGGGACCAGAGAAACAAGCUCAAAUAACUGAAAGCAUGGGAGACGUGGCAGACAAUACUCAGGAAGAUAUUCCACCUUAUCUUAGAGAAGAGCCUCCAGAAGAACCGAAGGAGCUUGCCGUACAAGAGCCAGGAAUGAUCUGGAGGAUGACCGGAGGCCUUUACAGCAUGACUAAAGGAGCGGUGGGUGCCACUCUCGGGGGCGUUGCUUGGGUUGGAAGCAAGAGCCUGGAGUUAACCAAGACGGCAGUGACCACGGUGCCAGCGGCUGGUGUCGGCUUGGUGAAAGGGAGUGUGUCAGCAGUGUCCAUCGGUUUUGGUGCUGUCGGCUCAGCUGUGGCCAGAAAGGUUCCCUUUACAUCCAAAAAAAAGGACAAAUCCGACUAAGUGAAGCAGUUUGUAGGGGCGACCAGCAAGAUAUGUGCUUCUACAAUACUUUGCUGCCCCCACCCCUUUGGCAUAAAGCUCAUGCCAUCUCUCUUCAUUGUGCGAGCUGUCAAUGACAAACAGGGCAGUUGAUCCCAUUCUACAAUGUCCAUCGACAAGGUAUCCGGAACAUUCUGCUUCUCGACUCCUCCUGGCAUAAGGAUGGUCAUAGCACCAGAAAGAACAUGUGACACCCACAGCUAAAAUGGACACGUAUGUUUUAUUUGAGGGGUUGGGAGGGCAAAAGAACAUGUUAUCAACAUUAAAAAAAAAAUCAAAUUUGCCCUCCCCACAUGUAUAUAUUUAUUGGUUCAUGUAGUAUUUUAUAUGCUUGUUUUGUUCCCGUUAAGUAUAAAGGGGCUAAUUUUCUGUAUCAGAUUUUGUUUUUGGCUCUGUGUGGAGUAGAACACCAUGGGGUAUAUAUUUGCUUCAAACGUGUUGGUGGCAGAAGGUUUAGAUGUUGUGUUGGGAACAGUAAACAUGCAGUCUUAAUUUAUUUUCUACAAUGUAGCAAGUCUUUUUUUUCUUUGCCUGGUUGUCCUCUACCUUCACGUGGCAGCCAGGUCAGGGUUGGGGACGAUGAACGUCUGCAACACUGCAGUCAGUGAUUUAGCCUCAGUUAAAUUUUACCGUGUGUAGCCUGACUCCUCACCUUUCAUUAUUGUUACCUGCUACAAAAUGGAAUUGGUAGCAGGCAGUCGUUGCUGUUUGCACUGUUUCCUCCCUGUUUUGCUCCAUGUUUAACUUUCCAUCAUCCUCCUGCACACCUGAUAUUUCUGUAACAUGUUUAUGUAUUAAGACUGAAAGAGACAAUUGAUUUCUGUUGACCAAAAUGCAAAACAUUUAGUUUUUGUCUAUAAUAGAACUAUUUUUGCAAAUAUGACACCUGAAAGCUACGAAUUAGACUGUAAGUCUGUAUUUUAAUGGAAAUAAAGUUUACAAAUCUCAAAACAGCAUGAUUGAAAA